UUUAAAAUGAAAACAAAAAUAAAAAUAUUGCAUCUUCCCUAUUAUAUUGAAAAAAUUAAAGCGUCAGUCUUAGUUGUACAACCUUGGUAACUAAGGCAACUAAAAUUAAAAACAUGAACUUAAAUUAACUUAUAGUAAAAAAUCUCUACAAUGUAUAAUAUUUUGUUAGUAUAUAUAAAUUUGAAACCAAAUAGGUCAUUAUGCUAGAAUUUAAGAAAUAAAAAAUGUAACUUCGUAAAUAUAUAUUGCAUGCUAUUCAAUUUAUUGAUGUCUGAUACUGAUGAAGAAGAAGUUCAAAGCAGAACAAUUAAAAUCAGUGUUGUUGGCGAAUCUGCUACUGGAAAAACAAGUCUGUGCACCCGGUAUUUGAGUGGUGGCGGCACCACCGCGACGGCCGCUAGUGGCACCCAGGGCGCGGAGGUGAUGGCGGGCCAGUGUCUCGGCCUGCGUCCCCCAGUACCCCUGCAGCUGUGCGACGUCGCGGGCAACGCUCUCUCUACCCGCAUGCUCGACAACUAUCUGUACGCUUCUGAUGUCAUUCUGUUUGUGUAUGAUCUGACAAACCUACAGAGUUUUGAAAAGUUAAAUACAUGGUUUGAAACCAUUAAACACAUAUUUGACGCGGAGCAAAAGAAGCCUGUGAUGGCACUUUUUGGAAACAAAUCAGAUUUAGAGCACCAAAGAGCUGUCAGGUUAUCGUGUGUGCAGAAGUUUGCAUCGGAACACCUUUUGGAAAACUUCAAAGGUUCCGCUCGAACUGGAGAAAUGGUCAACAACGCGUUCACUAAUCUAGUAGCGCGCGUGUUGGGCGCCAAAGUUCGUCGAGCGUUCGCGAACGGCCGCUCGCCGAUUGUGCGUGAAUCUGAGACACGCCCACAGGAACCCACCACUUCACUCAUUAUGACCAGGAAGGCGGUACGGCGCGCGCAACGCACCGCCUCUUCAUCCGUCUGCAGCGUCGUCUGACUUCUAUGUUACGACAAUAAAACUGUUCCUACUCAACUAUACGCACGAUGUUUCAAUUCCCUUAUUCGUUUCUCGCGUUAUUUUCGAUUUUUUUCUGUUUUAGAGACCCCCCACACUAGCAUCUUUAAAACGUCUAUUUUUGUGAACAAAUACAAAAUAAGCAUCUAAAAAGUCGUCAAAUGGUCUUUUCGUUUUUUUUUGCGUAUAUAAAUCAUCUGUAAAUAAUCAUGUGUUUUUAUUAUUUUUUAUAUGUUUACAUUUAGGUAAUGCAAUAUUCCUGAACUCUAAAACUCCACAGAGGAUGUUUCCAACGAUGAUGAUGAUGUUGUUGACUAUGGUGAUUCCUUUUUUCGUUUACGUGACAUUGAUUGUAUGCGACAGGCACCGCGGUAACGGCGCGGCGACGCGACGCCAGCGCUACGUUAAGUCCGACAUUUAGCAGCCGGCCAGCGCUGGCGUCGCGUCCACGUUGUGCGGAUGCUAGUCCGAAAAAGACGCUAGUGUAGGGGUCUGUUAGCCUUACCACUUUUUAUUGACAACAACCCCUAUCGUGUUCUAAAUGAUUAUCGAAACCUAAAUUGAAUGUAAUGAAAAUGAGACUGUUGUCAACUUUAGUUUUAACUUUAGAGAAUCAUGUUAGAAUCAGCCGAUUAAUAUUUUAAUUGCCCAUAUAUUUUUAUUGUGAUAAAAGUUUCAUAUUUCUACUAAUAUCUUCACUGCACAUUGUUAAACAUACAGAACGAGUGUGUAAAUUAAAGUUGUAUUAAAAUAAAAUGUUUCAAUGGACCGUUUCAGUAAUAGAGAAGUACACCGACAACGUUCGGUUUUGUAUAAUUUGUAACUA